UUAAACUACUUACUAAAAUAGACAGCUCCAGUCCACCGGAAUUAAUACUUUCCCGUCGUUUUCAAAACCGAAUUAAUCAAGACAUAAUCAAACAUUAGGGUUUCUUUAACGCAACGUCUUCUUGAUUUGUGAUUUGCUUCCAAAAUUGGAAUCAAUCAAUGCGUGAUAGAGAUUCGCUGCAUCUUUCUGAAUCUAAUUGAAUCCAAUUAACAUUAUUUAUUUGGUUCGAAAUCGGAAAGUUGAGAAAAAUAUGGAGGAGAUUGGGGGAGAUUAAGGUGUGAUGGGAGGAGGAGUGUGAAUUCUAGGUUUUUGGAUUUAAGGGCCCUUUUGUUUGGAGAAAGGGCCCUUCUGCAGUCUCUGCUCAGUCUGGUUCAGAAAUGAAGGAGCUGAUUGGGAGGCCUGGGUCGGUGAGUGGGUUAUUGCUCAGGAUAGGCCAAUUUUCAUGCGCUUCUAUUGCCAUUUCAGUCAUGGUCACCACUGACGGCUUCGCUACCUUCACUGCUUUCUGCUAUUUGAUCGCAUCAAUGGGGCUUCAACUGCUAUGGAGCUUGGGGCUUGCUUGUCUUGAUAUUUAUGCUUUGUGGAAAAAGAGAGACCUUCAAAAUCCAAUCCUAGUGAGCCUAUUUGUUGUAGGUGAUUGGGUAACAGCUACUCUAUCACUAGCUGCUGCAAGCUCUUGCGCUGGGCUUACAGUUCUGUUUUCAAGAGACCUACAUUUCUGCAAGGGGGAAUACCAUCUCCCAUGCAUCAACUACAAGUUUGCAGUUGCGUUCGCUUUUGUCACUUGGGGCCUUGCUGCCAUAUCUUCUCACGUGAUGUUUUGGAUCUUAUUGGCAUCGGUUUAGAGACUCAUGUUUUUUUGCCCUACCAUUGACACACAUGUACGUUACAGCAUUCAUUUAUUUCAACUUGUAAAUGAGAAAGUUUCUGUAACACAUGCCGUAUUUUUUUUUUUGGGGCAAUUCAGCAUCCUCCUAUUUUUGUUUCAA